UUCAAGUUCUUGUCUUCGGAAAAUUGCUCUGCAGAAAAAAAAAAAAACUGUUUUGGUCUUUCUAAUUUUUUUGUUUUAAUUAUUAGCUUGCAUUUAUAAUUCGAAAUUUAAUUUUUAAUUAAAUUUUAAAAAGUUGCUGUGUAGUCUUCUCUAAGUUUUGCGAGAAAAAGAAUACAAUGAAAAAAUACAAAGAGGAAUUAAAAUUCGAAACAUCACUGGUGCAACACGUUUACAAAGCAACCGAAAGUCAUAAAAACGAUAAUUUUGAUGUUACUAUGAAACUAGAUGAAGUCGUUACAUGGUACCAGAAAAAGAUCGGCACAUAUGAUAAGCAACAAUGGGAAAAGACAGUUGAACAGAAGAUUUUAGAUGGCUUCACAAGCUUCACACUGAAGAAUGCAAAACUUAAAACUGAGUUUAUUGAUGUUGACUUAGUAAGAGGCUCUACAUUUCCGAAAGCCAAGCCAAAACAAUCUCUUUCGACUGUGAUACGAUUGGCUAUACUACGAUACUUUCUUCUUCCGGUAUAUGCAAAAUGGUGGGUACGACAGACUUCACACAAAGUUUUUGGCUUGCUUUUAUUUUUAUAUGUAACCCAAAUGAUAAGUUGGGCUGUAUAUACAUUCAAAAUUCUUCAUCGCCUGGAUAGUGAUGUUGAGCACAUAGUUUCUAUAUCGGAACUACUCAUCCCCAUGGCCCUGAGUUUAAUACUGAGCUUUAUUCAUUCGCAAAUUGUUGCGACAAGUUCUGGCAGUAGUGUCUCAUCCAAGCAACAACGGUACUCCAAUUCCACAGGAAAACCCAGAGACCGUGUCAAACGACGCAAGAAACUUGUGAAAAUGAGAAGCCUUGAGACAGAAUCUCCAGCUGGUGGAAAGCCAGCCCGCAGCAGAGCGACAACUCCACAAGAACUAACCACAAGUAUUCAUACCAAGACUACUUUUGUUCCUCUAAAAGACAACAAAAUGUUCAUUAAAUCCCCAAAGAAUUCAUUAGAAUCACAUGCACUCUUAGAAGCUAAACAAUCAUCUUCCAUCGAUAUUAACCCAUCUAAGCUGACACUAGAUCUCAAAGGUUGUUGUAGUUCAACUUUGCUGCCAAAUGCCAGCUCCAUUAACGAAUGUAAAAAACGAAAUGUCAACUGGGACACACCUAUUCAUAAUUUUGCAGCAGAAGUUCACGUUCAGAAUCCCUCUUUAGUAAACGUUGGCCCUCAAGUUAGUACAACUAGCAAUAGUAGUGUUGAAUGUUCACCUCGAGAGCAAAUUGAAGUAAAAAAGGAGCCAAAAAUUGAAGAGCAUGUAGAAGAUUUGAAUAAAAUUGAAGAAGCACCCGAAGAUGAUAAUGGUAGAGCAACUAAACGAAGUCUUGGAGACGAUGAUGGUUUCGAGAGCUUGAAUGGCAAAAGUUCGAGUGGAGAAGAUAGUAAUAUUCCUGCAGCAAUACCUACUCAUGCCCAGCCAAUUGAAAAGAAUCAAUUACGUUUGAGAUUAAAUGAAAAUAUUAAUAGAGCAAGAGAAGAGAAUUCAAUAGUUGAAGAAGUAUUUAAUGCAUCAACUCCAGUUUUACCUGUAUUUAGACGAAAAUAUCCACUUUCUUCCGAGUCGGAUAUUGAUAGAUCGGGAAAAAUUUCAAACCUUAAAUCAUCAUCUAACGAAAUCUUUUCAAAGAAAAGUACAAAAACAUCAAAGAGUAGUGAUACAGAUGAGGAAGACGAUGAAGAAGAGAUUAUUUCCAGUCCAGCAUCACUAGCUGCAUCUAAUUACACUGAAUGCACUACAUCGGCAACUGAAUGGCUGGGUGUAACUACAAAUAGUGAGGAAUGCAGUUACAGUUCAGAAUUGGAUAAUUCUGAUUACAAGCAAUUGUCCGAAGAUGAAGGCUAUGAUAUGGAUUUCACUCCAACAACUAUUCUUAAUCCUCAUGGAAAAACAGGUCGAAUAAGUUGCACCAUUUGGGAGCAUAGAGAUAUUAAAAAGGCUCAAAUGUCCGUCCUGGACAUAUCAUCGUGUAUAAUUGAGCGUGUAGAAGCUAUGCCAGAAACGUGUGACUAUAUUUACUUUGGUAUUUUCUUUUCAAUAAUUCUCUCAAUGAUUCCACCAUUUUGUCGAUUGUGUGAUAAAACAAUUGAUUCUGAAGACACGGACAUAAAUUAUUUGGAUAUACCAAUGCUUCUAUGGGAGAAGGCUUCUUUUUCGUUUAUUGCCAUUCUUCGUUUUGCAUUUGGUAAUUCCCAAUGGGAACGAGCUCUAUUACUAAUAGGUUUUAUGCAACGUUUACUCCUUACUUUGAUAUUCUUCAUGCUAUUUGCUGUAGCAGAAAGAACUUUUAAACAGAGAUUUUUGUAUGCUAAACUUUUUUCUCAUCUAACAUCAUCAAGGCGUGCAAGGAAAUCCGAUUUGCCUCAUUUUCGACUAAACAAAGUGCGAAACAUCAAAACAUGGCUAAGUGUGAGAUCAUACUUGAAGAAAAGAGGCCCUCAACGCUCGGUUGAUGUAAUAGUUUCAGCCGCCUUUCUCUUAACACUUCUCUUGUUGGCAUUUUUGAGUGUGGAAUGGUUAAAGGAUUCAGUACAUUUGCAUUCGCAUUUAAAUUUAGAAGCCCUAACAUGGUCAACUUUUAUGGGUAUUUUUCUUCUGAGAUUCAUGACUCUUGGAAAUAAAAUCAAUCGGAAAUAUAGAAGUAUUUCAGUUUUGAUAACUGAACAAAUAAACCUUUAUUUGCAGAUUGAACAAAAACCAAAAAAGAAAGAUGAACUCAUGGUAUCGAAUAGUGUUUUGAAGCUAGCUGCAGAUCUACUCAAGGAAUUGGAAUUACCAUUUAAAAUUUCUGGACUGAGUGCAAAUCCAUAUUUGUAUACUACAAUUAAAGUUGUUAUAUUGUCUGCCCUGUCGGGUGUUCUAAGUGAGAUGUUAGGAUUUAAAUUGAAACUUCAUAAAAUUAAGAUCAAAUAGAAAUUAUUUUAUUUAGUACAAAAAUUGAUGUGUAAUAUGUUAUGAAACUUAUUAAAACUCAAAUUAUUUACAGUUUUAAAAAUUUUAA